AUGGCCGAGAGAGUCACUUAUCGCCGACGUUGUAGAUACAAUACUACCUCAAAUAGAGUUCGUAUUGUAAAGACUCCAGGAGGUAGAAAUCUUGUGCAGAAUAUUGGUAAAGUCUAUUCAAGGCCAAAGUGUGGUGAUUGUAAGAGGCCAUUACCAGGCUUACCGGCUUGUUCUCCUUAUGAACUUAAACAUCUGAAGAGGUGUGAACGUACAAUAUCUAGAGCUUAUGGUGGCUCAAGAUGUGCUAGCUGUGUACGUCAAAGGAUAUUGAGAGCCUUUUUACUUGAAGAACAGAAGGUUGUCAAGAGUGUUAUUGCUGAGAAAGAGCAACAAAAGAAAAGUGUAGAGGAGAAAUUAAAAGUUAAGAAGUCUGCUAGUAAUAGUUCGAAGCAAUCAGGAACUUCGAAGAAGAAGUAA